AGUCAGUUUGAGUCUCUUGUUCGUGGCGUUCAUUUGUGUUUCGAAGAUUCUUAUCCGAAUUGAAAAAACAAAACCGAUUUUGUUAGUGAAAAUUAGAGUGCCGGAACAAGUAUAUAAAACGAAGUAAGUGCGAAAGUGCGCGUUGCUAGCGAUUAUAGCGAUUAAGGAACACAGAUUUUACUAAAUUUUUGCAUGCAAAAAAAAUUAGAACAAAAUUUGUUGUGAGAAAUCAAUAUACAUAUAUAUUUAAUAACUAAAACAAAUUAAAUUUUUUAUAAAGUGUUGCCUGUUUAGUCGCCCGAAAGCGGGCACUGAAAAUGUAUAUAUAUCACCGUAGCCAAGCGAAAAAGUGUAAAGCGUCGAAAUAAAAUUUAUUGUAUUAUAGCAUAUUUUCAUUGAAACGAGCAACAGUAUACACGACGACUGGUGUAAAGCAAAACGAAUAAGAGACAGCCCCUGUAACGCGUUUACUCUUUAUCCUGCCACCCCAAAGACAAUUUGAAUCAAAUUCCGCUUUGUUAUUAUAUUGUCGCCGCAAUUUGUAAGAAGUGUGUGUGCGUUAGUGUUGGUUUACUACGCCGAAAGGACAGGCAAUAGAAAAAUAGUUGACACAUACUCGGACUUCGUCUACAACAAAAACCACAAAAUUUUAACGAAUUACUACACCAUACCAACAAAAUAGUUUCAACACAGUAAAACGGAAUUUAAGAAAACAUGCCAGCGGAAACGAAAAGUGCCACCGCUGGAACCGAGGCUGAAACGCCUACGAAAAGCAAAAAAGCGAAUACGACCGGAAAAGCUGGACUGGCGCGUGUUACGCUGCUCGAUGGCUCUCUACUUGAUGUCACGAUCGAUCGCAAAGCGAAAGGACGCGACCUAAUAAACACCAUUUGUGCGGGUCUCAAUAUUGUGGAGAAGGAUUAUUUCGGUCUUACUUAUGACACACCGUCCGAUCCACGCACUUGGUUAGAUUUGGAUAAGCCGGUUUCCAAAUUUUUCCGUACCGAUCCAUGGGUGCUGCAAUUCGCUGUGAAAUUUUACCCACCGGAACCAUCACAGCUGCAAGAGGACAUUACGCGCUAUCAGCUUUGCUUGCAGGUGCGCAAUGACAUACUCGAAGGUCGCUUGCCAUGCACUUUCGUUACACAUGCGCUGCUCGGCUCGUACCUGGUGCAAUCGGAGAUGGGCGACUAUGAUCCGAAGGAAAUGCCAGAUCGUCGCUAUUUGAAAGACUUCAAAAUAGCACCCAAUCAAACGCCGGAAUUGGAAGAUAAGGUCAUGGAUUUGCACAAGACACACAAGGGUCAAGCACCGGCCGAGGCGGAACUGCAUUAUUUGGAAAAUGCCAAGAAGCUAGCCAUGUACGGUGUUGAUUUGCAUCCAGCAAAGGACUCGGAGGGCGUUGACAUUAUGUUGGGUGUCUGUGCAUCCGGUUUGCUGGUUUACCGCGACAAAUUACGUAUCAAUCGCUUCGCUUGGCCGAAGAUACUAAAGAUUUCUUAUAAGCGGCAUCACUUCUACAUCAAAAUACGUCCCGGCGAUUUUGAACAAUUCGAAUCGACUAUUGGCUUUAAAUUGGCUAAUCAUCAGGCUGCUAAGAAGUUGUGGAAGUCGUGUGUGGAGCAUCACACAUUCUUCCGUCUGAUGACACCAGAACCGCCGACCAAGUCAUCGCUGUUCCCACGUUUCGGCUCCAAGUACCGUUACUCCGGACGUACUUUGUACGAAAGCAAACGAAAUCCAAUCGAUCGCACAGCACCGAAGUUCGAUCGUAGUUUGUCGGGCCGACGUCUAACCUCGCGUAGCAUGGAUGCGCUCGCUAUGGCCGAAAAGGAGAAGGAUGCUCAGAAACGUCACACCAUGGGACAUCCACCAGAGCAUAUACCCGAUUUUGACUCACCACGUAGUCGUAGUCCAUUGAAGAAGGAUAAAAAGGAGAAGAGUUCACUCGAAGGUGAUUAUUCGACCCAUACCGGUGCUGAUGUGGCAGCCGGCGAGUCCGCCUCGGCCGUCGCCUAUCUUGGCAAAGAUCAGGCGGAGGCCGAGAAGGAGGCCAAAUUGAAGAAGAAACAACAAGAAAAAGAGGAGAAAGAGCGCAAGGAACGCGAAAAGAAGGAGAAGGAGGCACAAGAGAAGGCUGCCAAGGAGAAAGCUGCAAAGGAAAAGGUUGCUAAGGCCGCUGCUGCUGCCGCCGCUGCUGGCAUUAAUGGCAAUGAUGACUUGAACGAUUCCAAGAAGUCGGAGAAAUCUGGCAAAGGACGUGGUGGUGGCCUUUUCUCGUCCGGUCGCAAGAGUAAGAGUAGCUCGCCGACAAAGGAGGCGAAAGAGGCAAAAGAGGCGAAGGAUAAAGAUAAGUCCGGAAAAGCGAAGGAUGGCAAGAGUGGUGAGUUGGUAUACGCUGACUUGGAACUGGCUGCACCCAAUAAUCAAGCCAAUGAUGAUAGCAAUCGUGCUUCACGUCAACCCGGCCACACUAGACCCUAUGAAUACUCAGAGGGUACCGGUGAAACUAGCCCCACACGCAAAUCAUACAUUCCUGGUGGUUUCCGUUACGAUCAGGAUCCGCAAGGCGGUAGACGUGGUCAAGAUGGCGAUGGACAAAUGUCGCCCACGUCUGAACAAAAGAAGACUGCAAUUGCCUUCAAUUAUGCGCCUGGUCAUGAUGAUACAUUGAAGAAGACAGCAGAGAAAUUGAAGAGCGGUCAGUUGUCGCCACGCACACGUGAAAAGAUCAAUAAGGGUCAGUUGUCGCCCACAACACGCGCAAAAUUACUUAAAGAAGCCAAUUUAUCACCGACCACACGUGCUAAGUUGCUAGGUAGUGCUGUGGAUGCGGCUGCCGCACCGCUAACUGAUGCACAGAAGCGUUCUUAUUCGCCUUCUAAAGGUCAGUCUGUGGGUUAUACUUCAGGUGCUCCGGGUAGUUAUAAGCCAUUGGUGGAUCCCACAGCGGCAUUCCUUGAAUCGGAACGUUAUAAUAAAGAUCCAUCUGCUGGAGCCGGUGCAGCAGCUGGUAAAGUUGCAACGGAUGGUAAGGAUGCUGCAAUUGCCGGAGCUGCCGCUGGUAAAGGCAGGGGUAGCACACCGGUUACGCCUACAAAAGCUGGUAGUGGUUUGGCUGCCGGCGCUGCGGCCGCCGCUGCAGCAACAAAACCGAAGAAGAAGCGCGUUAAGAUUAUGGUAAUCACAUCCAAAUUUGAUCCCAAUACCAAGCGUAUUGAUGCUGAAAAUGGCGUCAUUGAACACUCCACGGGCAUACUUGAUCCUGAGACUGGCUUGAUUGAUAGUAAAUAUGGACAGAUUGAUCCGAAAAUUGGCACUUUAUUGGCUUUGAAUACGAAGACAGGCAAAAAUGAAAUUUAUCAAGGUGAAGUUGAUCCCAAAACUGGCAAUGUGCACUUGGUUUCCGGUGUUGCAGAUCCCAAUACGGGUCGUUUAGACGAGAGUUUGGGACAAAUCAUUUGUGUUACACCACAAGACAAUCCAGUUGUGGAACUGAUUGUUAUCACAAGCCGUAUUGAUCCCGCCACGGGUAAAGUUGAUACAGUUAACGGUGAAGUUGAACGUUCGCUGGGCGUACUAAAUUUGGAUUCGGGUCUACUUGAUACUAAAUAUGGUGAAAUAAAUACCCGAACAGGUGAGCUAAAAUCUAUUGAUCCCAAGACCGGCAAAAUCGUUGUAUCCAAAUAUGUGAAAGUCGACCCAUCCACUGGCCAGAUAACAAUAUUGGGAGUCACAGAUCCAAAAACUGGUAAAUUGGAUAAUACACAAGGACGUAUUAUUGAAGUCGGACAGCAAAUUGAUCCAAUUGUUGAGGUUACCUCAUUGGCGGGCAAAUAUGAUUCCAAAAAGAAUAUUAUCGAUCCAAAAACUGCACAAGUUGAAACUUCUGGUGGUCAAUUCGAUCCAAAGGCUGGCAAGAUCGAUACGAAAUACGGACAAAUUGAUUUGGUUAAACAUACAAUUACAUACACUGAUCCCAAAUCGGGCAAAACGGUUACACGUGAUAUCAAAAUUGAUCCGGCAACUGGACAAAUUGUGCUUAAGAACCAAAUCAAUCCGAAGAACAACAAACCCGAUAAAGAUUAUGCCCGCAUUAUAUCGUUACGCAUUGUACAGCAACGUGUUGAUCCCAAAACGAAAGCACCCAUUGCACAAGUCAGCUCGGCGAAGGACAAAGAAAUUAUUGUCGAUCCGAAAUCGAAUCAAAUUUGGAUGCCAACCGGUGCUAGCGAUCCGAACACAAAAGAGUCACAAUACAUUUCCAGCAGCGUGGAUCCCAAGACCGGCUAUGUUAUCACUAUUUACGGUUAUCUCGAUCCGAAAACAAAUGAAAUCAAGAAACAAAACAAACUCGAUCCCAAUACCACCAAAAUCGAACCAUCCUCUGGCAAGAUUUAUACAACCACCGGCGAGGUUGACAAAACCACUGGCGAACCACUCUAUGCCACCACCCAAGUUGAUCCCGAAUCUGGCGAUGUAUACACCAAAGUCGGACGUGUUGAUCCCAAAACUGGCAAAAUUGUCAUUGUUCGCGUACUGCUCAUCUCCAAAACGGAUGAGCGUGGUCGACCCGAAGAAAUCGAUCCAGCGACAUGUGAAAUCGAUCCGGUCUCUGGUCGAAUUCUCAAGUUCUUCAAUAAAACUGUUUAUGUUUAUACUAUGAUUGAUCCAGUAACAGGUGAAAUUGUACAGGUUGAUCCAAAUGAUCCACGCUUUGCGGGCGCACGCACCACCGUCACACAAACUAUGACACUAACAGGCGAAAUUGAUCCAGUGACCGGACGUAUUAAGAGCGAAUACGGUGACAUCGAUCCAAAUACAGGCGAUAUCGAUCCAGCCACAGCAGUACGUGAUCCCGUUACAGGCAAACUAAUUCUUAAUUAUGCACAAAUCGAUCCAUCGCAUUUCGGCAAGGAGGCUCAGGUGAGCACUACUACUGAGACGGUACCAAUUACACGUGAGCAGUUCUUCGAAGGCGUCAAACAUAUGGGCAAGAAUGCGCUGCGACGCGACUCCGAGGCCAGUUCGGACGAUGAUAUGACACAACAGUAUGGCAGUGAGCAUGUCAAGGAUAUGGUGCUGAAUAGUCCCAAAAAUGCGGAUGGCACAACCGUAACUACAACCACAACAAAACAAGCUGGCAAAUUUGGCACACCGACUGUGGUGAAAACGACCACAAAGCAAGUACUCACCAAGAACGAUGACGGCGUGACGCACAAUGUGGAGGAGGAGGUGCGCAAUUUGGGCACCGGCGAGGUCACGUACUCAACGCAAGAACACAAGGCUGAUGCCGAUGUGAGCGGUGCUUACGUGACUGCCACCGCUGUAACCACGCGCACAGCCACAACCCACGAAGAUCUGGGCAAGAAGGCUAAAACCGAACAACUCGAAGAGAAGACAGUGGCGACAACGCGAACCCAUGACCCGAACAAGCAGGAACAGCGCGUAGUUACGCAGGAAGUAAAGACCACAGCCACAGUGACCAGCGGUGAUCAGUUCCGAGACCGUGGAGACAGUAUUUCAUCGACUAGCUCUGGCGACUCGGGCACGCCCAUCGAUGGCCCAGACGACGGGUCCAGUGUGGUGCGUCCCGCCUACGAUAAGGGGCAAGGUAGCUACACCACAGUACCCGGUCCACAUGUUGAACAAACCCGCGUCAUUUUAGGUGAGGACACACCUGGCUACUCCGGACACGGCGAGAUCGUUUCAACACAAACGCUCAGCAGCAAAACGCGAACUGUGGAAACUAUUACCUAUAAGACCGAACGUGAUGGUAUUGUGGAAACGCGAGUAGAACAGAAGAUCACCAUACAAUCCGAUGGCGAUCCAAUUGAUCAUGACAAGGCAUUGGCUGAAGCAAUUCAGGAGGCGACAGCUAUGAAUCCAGACAUGACAGUGGAGAAGAUUGAAAUCCAACAACAAACGCAGUAAAACCAUACUUUAGCUAUUUUCACCAAUAAACAGAGUAUCAAAUACAAAUUAAUGCCCGAUCUGCAUAUAUUGUAUAUAGAUAUAUAUAUAUAUAUACAUGUAAUCUAUAUACUAUAUGCUAUAAUUCAUCUUAAAAGCACCCGCACACAUACAAAGUGAAUGAAAAAAGCAGAAAACGAAACAAAAAUUAAGCCACCCUUUAAAACUUAUACACACAUACAUAUAUGUAUACAUAAAUAAGCGUUUAAAAAGCAGCAGCAGAAAUGCUACUUUAAAAGGACACAUUAAGCAAAAUGAAAGGAAAUCGUCUAUUUUUUAUUUACAUUAAUUUUAUAAAAAAUUUAAAUUUAAGCUGACAGCAAGUAAAUUACAAUUACAAUUACAAAUAAAAUUACAAUUACAAUUAAAAUGAGAAUACAUAAUUAAAUGCUAUAAAAAAGUAAAUGCAAAAUUUCAACUAACAAUUUAAGUUAAAAUAAACGAAAUGCUUUUAUUAUUAUUAUUAUUAUCUUUGUAAUGUUGAUUUUUAUUAUUAUUAUGUGUAAUAAACUAUAAUUACAAACAAGUUCAAAUUGUAUAUGCAUUCAAAUAAAAUAAAAAGAACACACAAGUAUUUUUCACAACAGUGUAGAAACAAAAAAGUGUAAUAAUAUGUGAUUGUCUGUCUGAGCGUAUGCAGUUACGCAAGCUUCUAUAUAUGUAAGUGCACUUGCAACCGAAAUACAUAUACACUAGGGUGGGCAAAUGAAAAAAAGGAUCUUAUAAUUUUUCGACCAAGCGAAAAAAUUAUUCGUUUUUUUAACCCAUCCUAAUGUAUACAUGUGUAUUUAUAAUGAUGCAUAUAAUAUAAUAUUUAGCUGCAACAUUUUGGACAAAUUUGUGCAUAAAUUACGCGAUGUAUAAAAUUUUAAAUAAAACAAAAACUCAUUUGUAUAAAUAUAUGUGAAAACUUUUGGUUUCAUUUUUCGUUCAGUUGUUUUAGUUUUGUUAUUUUCAUUAAAAAUGCAUACCCAUAUCAGCUGUUCAAAUAUGGCAUGACCCGGACUGACAAAGAAAUAACAUUUUCACAUAUUUUAAAACAAUUACAAAAUAGGCUCCUGAGCCAAUACAGGCAUGUCAACUUUCCGUACACAUGUUAUAGGUACCGGCUUCAGCAAAUGACUUUUAAUGCACUCCAUUCGCGAUGUAAAUUUUUCAUUGUCGACUUUUGUUGAAUGACUUUUGUUUCGUAUUUGGUCAAAAAGUUUAUCACAAUCAUACUAGAAUCUGAUGAAGCAUUAUUAUCGUGGUGAAAAUCUAUGCAGCCUUUGCCCACAUCGAAAACAAAUAGUAAGCAUCAUCUUGAUUUUGAACCGACUCUGACGUGGUUUUUUUCGAUUUCGGCUCAAUAGUUUUCGACGUCAUAUUCUUAAAUUCACGUCUCGUCACUGGUACUAAUGCGUUUGAUGAAUGGGCGAUCCUCAGCUAUGUUGUUAAGCAUCUUUUUUGCGAUCUCUACUCAACUUCGAUUCUCCAUGCAUGCAUUUUGCUAAAGUAUGUUGAGUCGAACCAUAAGAGAUGUUGUGAUCUUUUGCAAUCUCUCUGAAAUUUUUUUCGAUGUCAGUCGUCAUUAAUAGAUGUGGAUAGACGACUAGCAAGAGGCAAGUUUUUUGGUCAGAUGUAUUAGUAAAUAUAACGGAAGAAAUUCAUUUGAAAUAGUCCAGAUACAUCCACUUGUAAGGUAUAUUGGCCGCAGACUAAGGGCCGAUUUCACUAUUAUGUCUAAAUUAUGUUUGCUACACACACCAAAACUUACUAACAGGUAUUUUUCAGGAAAUUAGUUUUCUAUCUUUUGGUUUUUAGUAUUUGUUGUUUUUGUUACUAUAUCGGCAGAAACCAUUCCCCACUUUGUAAGCCAAAUAUCGGUUAACUCACUGGUUAAUUACCCAAAAUCACUACCAGAAAUAGCUUUAUGUUAGUGUAAUCGUUCAUCUUUUUCUUACGCCAAGGGAUUAUGAGUGGUACGGUGUAUAUGGUUAAUUAGUUCUUGUUGAAAUUAUUGAUACCUUAAUACAUUUUUCAUUCAAGAGUACUUUUUUUUUGAUUUAUUUUUGUCAAACGUCAAAUAUUAAUUUCAGUUACUCGAUGCAUUGCAUUCAAUUCAUUGAAAAACUUAAUCAGACUAUAAUCGUCAGAUGUCGCUAACAGAAUAUUUUUCAAACACAUUUUUAACCAACUGUCGUUUAAAUUCUUGUAUAAUUCUUCAUCAAAAGAGCUGAAAUCGGCACUAACUCUUUUGUUAAUGUAAUAACUUUUUUUUUACAAAUGC